CUCCCCUCCUCUUCCGUCAUGUCGAUGUUCAAGAAGAACAGCAGCUUCAUGAAGCACUGGUUCGCCAUUGAGGCCACACCAAUUAUCCUCCUUGUCGGCGGCGCCUGUGUUGGUGCAGGCUGGUACUUGACCCGUCUUGCUCGUGGCUCUACCGUCACCUGGACGAAGGGCAACCCCCAUCCUUACCUUUCCAUCGAGCAGGAUCAGGGAACCAAGCUCUUGGAAAUGAACCAAAAAUUCGACAAGAGCUGGUCUCGGGACAAGCUUUAGAUCUUUGUCCUUUGUUAUCCGUAGCUCUACAAGAAGAUAUUCUGCAUACUUGCAUGUCCCUUCCCUCCUUCGGUCUUUCCCUUCACGCCCCAUCCCAUGCCGGGAUGCCAGAGCUUGUGGUUGGGUUGUCCGGGCCCAGACGGGUCCAUACCAGUUUAUCAUGUCUUCUCGGAAGAGUUCUCUCGUUCACGGAUGCAUUCGGUGAUGGACGGGCACCAGGUCAACUCAGGCAACGACUGGGGGGGAAGAAAUUGGCACCGGGGUGAUCAUCACUUGCGUUUAUCGUAAUUGGCCCUUCAAGUUGGGGCUCGGUUUCAUCCAAAGCUGAGGUCACGUGCCAAUAGAUUAUGUAACAUGGAUUUUCUGGUUUGUCGUGCCAGUAGCUGGCGAUUAGAUUAGAUUUAGCACCGCCAUCGACAGACACGCUCGAUGAUCAGAUUCACUGCUUGUCCACGUCUCCUUCCUCGCAUUUGUUAUCCUCUCUUACUACUACGAUGGUUUCCUCCGCAUUCGCAGACCGGGCCACCAAGAAACUAAUUUUGUUCGAUGUCGACGAGACUCUUACCCCUGCGCGUCAGGGCGCGUCACUGGAGAUGAUCGAGGCCCUACGCGCGCUGCGGAAGAAGUACGUUAUCGGCUUCGUCGGCGGAUCCGACCUCGCCAAGAUCACCGGACAGUUGUCGGUGCACGGCGCGGAUGCCCUGAAGGAGUUUGAUUACGGGUUCAGCGAGAAUGGGCUCGUCGCGUACAAACUCGGCCAGCCCCUGGAAUCCCAGUCGUUCAUCAAAUACGUUGGGGAAGAGCGGUACAAACCCCUCGUCAACUUCAUCCUGCACUACAUCGCCGACAUGGACAUUCCUAUCAAACGAGGCACGUUUGUCGAGUUCCGCAACGGGAUGAUCAACGUCAGCCCCAUUGGCCGUAACGCGACAAUCGCAGAGCGGAAGGAGUUUGAGGCGUACGACAAGAUUCACGGGCUGAGGACUGCGUUCGUCAAGAUCCUGCAAGAGAAAUUCGCCGACUACGGUCUCACGUUCUCGAUCGGUGGCCAAAUCUCGUUUGAUGUGUUUCCGACCGGAUGGGACAAGACGUAUGCCCUCCGACACGUCGAGGACGAGGGAUUCGAGGAGAUUCAUUUCUUUGGCGACAAGACCUACAAGGGUGGAAAUGACUACGAGAUUUUCUCCGACCCUCGUACUAUCGGGCACUCAGUCCUCAACUCUGAAGACACCCUGCGCAUUCUUAAAGCAGAGUUCAUUUGAAGCGUAGCACGGGCGAUUAAAUUACAAAUGGAAUGUAAUGAUUCCAACACCCCUUGUCCCCCUUCGACAGCCCUGGCUCGACUGAAAACAAGUUCCAUCCCAGCAUUGGUCAGCUCUCACUAGCAGGCAUCGGUUAAGAUAUCUGGUAUGAAGCAACUGAGGACCAAAUACUGCAGUUGGGCGAGCCGGAAGGAGUUUCGGUUGAAAUAUCCUGAUCUCAGAUGUGCUACAGCAC